GAUGCUAAGGUCUCUCGUUGAUCUUGCACUCUCAAGGAACAAUCUCACAGGUUCAAUUCCUGCUUCUAUAGGAAACUUGGGCUACUUAACAACUUUGUAUCUUCAUGACAACCAACUUUCCGAAUCAAUCCCUCAAGAAAUUGGGAUGCUAAGGUCUCUUGUUGAUCUUGCACUCUCAAGGAACAAUCUCACAGGUUCAAUUCCUGCUUCUAUAGGAAACUUGGGCUACUUAACAACUUUGUAUCUUCAUGACAACCAACUUUCCGAAUCAAUCCCUCAAGAAAUUGAGAUGCUAAGGUCUCUCGUUGAUCUCGCACUCUCAGGGAACAAUCUCACAGGUUCAAUUCCUACUUCUAUAGGAAACUUGGGCAACUUAACAACUCUGUACCUUUAUGACAACCAACUUUCCGGAUCAAUCCCUCAAGAAAUUGGGAUGCUAAGGUCUCUCGUUAAUCUCGCACUCUCAAGGAACAAUCUCACAGGUUCAAUCCCUGCAUCAAUAGGGAACUUGGGCAACUUAACCACUUUGUACCUUUACGACAAUAGACUUUCUGGAUCUAUUCCCCUAGUGUUCAACAAUCUGACACAUUUGACUGAGUUUGAUAUAGGUGGAAACAUGCUCAAUAGUCAUAUCCCAGAAGGCCUAUGCUUUAAUGGAUUGCUGGUUAAUUUUACAGCAAAUGAUAAUAAUCUCAUAGGUCCCAUUCCAAAAAGCUUGACAAAUUGCUCUAGCUUAUAUAGAGUUAGGCUUGAAAGAAACCAACUUUCGGGAAAUAUGUCAAAAGAUUUUGGCAUAUACCCAAGCUUGGAUUACAUUGAUUUGAGUCAUAACAAUUUUUAUGGUGAACUAUCUAAAAACUGGGGAAAAUGCCACAAUUUAACUAGUCUCAAAAUGUCUAACAAUAAAAUUUCUGGUAAGAUACCAUCUGAUUUAGUAGGGGCAACUAAACUAUCCAUUCUUGAUCUCUCUUCAAAUCAUCUAGUUGGAGAGAUCCCAUUGAAAUUGGGAAGGUUGGUUUCACUAUUCAACCUUAAGCUGGAUGAUAACUAUCUAGUAGGCAAUAUUCCUCCAGAAUUAAGUAAGUUGUCCAAUUUAGAGAACCUUAACUUGGCAGCAAAUAAUCUAAGUGGCUCAAUCCCUGGAGAACUUAGAGACUACUUAAAAUUAAUGAACUUAAAUUUGAGCAAUAAUAGAUUUGGGAAAAGCAUUCCUACUGAAAUAGGCCAGAUCAACACUCUUCAAAGUCUUGAUCUUGGUAAUAACUUGCUAAUUGGUAAGAUACCAAAACAGAUUGGAGAACUGCAAAGCUUAGAAACGUUGAAUCUCUCCCACAAUGAGUUCUUUGGUUCUAUACCAUCAUCUUUCAAUAAAAUGGCAAGUCUUACUUCCAUUGAUGUGUCAUACAAUCAGUUAGAGGGUCCUCUUCCUAACAUCAAGGCGUUCCAAGAGGCUCCAUUCGAGGCACUCAAAGGUAAUAAAGGUUUAUGUGGUAAUGCUACUGGUCUGAAGACUUGCUUGACAAAAUUGAACAAUGGGGAUGUUGAAAAAAAGGGCAAGAAAGUUAUGUUACUAACUGUACUUCUUGUUUUUGGAAUUUUGUUUCCUUUGCUAAUGGUUCUUGGCAUUCUCAUGGCUUUUCGUAAGAAAGUGAGGAACACAAAAAACAAGCCAUCACGAGUUAACCAUGAUAAUGUUUUUGCAAUAUGGAGCUAUGAUGGAAAAUUGGUCUAUGAAAACAUCAUUGAAGUCACUGAGAACUUUAGUGCCAAAUAUUGUGUUGGAGAGGGAGGAUAUGGUACCGUUUAUAGAGCUGACCUACCAAAUGGUCAAGUAGUUGCUGUGAAGAAACUUCAUGCAACACUUGAUGAUGAUUGGGCUAAUCUAAAAGGGUUUACAAGUGAGAUCCAUGCAUUAACUGAGAUUCGGCAUCACAACAUUGUAAAGUUGUAUGGUUAUUGUUCACACCCAAGGCACUCAUUUUUGGUUUAUGAGUUCUUGGAAGGGGGAAGCUUGGGAAAGGUACUAAGCACGGACGAUGAUAUAGUAGUCUUUGAUUGGAUUAAGAGAGUGAACACUGUUAAAGGUGUGGCAAAUGCUCUGUCUUAUAUGCACCAUGAUUGUUUUCAACCAAUCAUCCAUCGAGAUAUAUCAAGCAAGAAUGUUUUGUUUGAUUUGGAGUAUGUGGCUCAUAUCUCUGAUUUUGGCACAGCUAGAUUUAUGAAUCUCAACUCAUCCAAUUGGACUUCAUUUGCUGGGACCUUUGGUUAUGCUGCUCCUGAACUUGCUUAUACAAUGGCAGUGAAUGAGAAGUGCGAUGUUUAUAGUUUUGGGGUGCUAGCACUGGAAGUGAUUAUGGGGAAGCAUCCAUGUGAUUUAAUCUCCUCUUUAUCAUCAUCCUCGUUCUCAUCAUCAACAUCAACUGCACAGGGGAUAUUUUUGAAGGACGUCUUGGACCAACGCCUCUUACCUCCGAGGAAUCAAGUGGCAGAGCAAAUAGUUGUUGUUGCGAAACUAGCAUUUGCAUGUUUACACACCACUCCACUGUCUCGGCCAACCAUGCAACAAGUUGCUAUGAUACUAUCAAAGCAAAGGCCAACAUUGCAAAAUCAGUUCUACACGAUUACAUUAGGACAACUCUUUGACAUCAACUGUUCAAGCUCUUGAGUAUUUAUUUUCCCUUUCAUUCUUGGAUUGCAUGAUAUUCUUGCUUUCAAUUGUCUUCUUAUACCAUUCAAUUGCACCCUGUGUUCCAGUCUAUUUUGCUGCUCUUUUCUACUAAUUACUAUUUUACAAACUUUUAUAUGCCUAAUUUAAAAGUACCAAUCCUCUAUAAUUUCCAUCACAGUUAGAGAUACAAUAAUGUGUCUUGAAUUCUACUGUAGCUCACUUUAUUUAUAUUUGUAUAAAUGAUGAAUUUCAGGAAAUAUGAGAA